UAGUCUCUUUUUUACGCCUCCGCUUCCGCCCCGCGUAAACCCUUGUAGCUCUUUGUUGCGUCCGCUUCAAACCCUAACCCUAGAAACGCUAAUCGCGAUCGGAGAGCCAUGUCGAUGUCUAAGGGCUCCAAGAUGCUACAGUACAUCAACUACCGGAUGCGCGUCACGAUCCAGGACGGCCGCCAGCUAGUGGGAAAGUUCAUGGCCUUCGACCGCCACAUGAACCUCGUCCUCGGCGACUGCGAGGAGUUCCGCAGGCUGCCCCCUGUCAAGGGCGCUGCCGCUGCGGCGGGCAAGAAGCCCGGCGAGGAGCGGGAGGACCGCCGCACUCUCGGCCUCGUCCUCCUUCGCGGUGAGGAGGUUGUGUCAAUGACCGUCGAGGGCCCUCCGCCCCCCGACGAGUCCCGCGCUAAGGCCCACGCCGCCGCAGCUCUUGCUGGCCCCGGCGUUGGCCGCGCCGCCGGUCGCGGCAUCCCUACCGCGCCUCUCGUCCAGGCCCAGCCCGGGCUCGCCGGGCCCGUGCGUGGCGUCGGCGGGCCCGCACCCGGGAUGAUGCAGCCACAGAUCUCGCGCCCUCCGGUGCCUCAGCUGUCGGCCCCGCCUGUCUCCUAUCCUCAGGUCAUCCGCCCUCCGCCGCCGGGGCAGAUGCCGGGUUACCCAGGCCAGCCCCCGUCGGUCGGCCAACGCCCACCCACAGGUAUGCCUGUUCAGUUUGCUGCGAGGCCUGGGGCUCCACCACCGCCAUUCCCGGUGCCGCCACAGAUGAUGAGGGUCCCUCCGCCGGUGAUGCGGCCUGGUAUGCCUGCCCCACUGCCGCCAAGGCCAGGGAUGCCACCACCGCCAGGUGGGCCGGUGCCUGUGUUUGCUCCACCAAGACCUGGAAUGCCACCACCACCUCCGCCAAAUCAACAGUGAUUCACUGGUAUAUCCAGUUUUCUUGGCAACCGUGGAGGGUCUUGUGUCUCUGUGUUAUCUAGCCUUGAUCUGCAUCAGCUUUCUGCGUGGAAGAUCUUAUCCAUAGCUUGGAAUUACAAUGUGCAUGCUAUAUGACGAGUACUCGAUACAAAUUCUGAAGUUUGGAACCCUAUGAACCUCUAGUUAUGGUUUGAAGUCUUUUUACCAUCUAUCUCGAAUACCUGAAACUUUCAGAAGACUAGUGUUGUUAUGUUGUCACUUUUCAAGUUCAUCUGAUGAUUUUAUCACAUCAUCCUCUUGCAGAUA